UCUUAACUUCAAGUCCCAGUUCGCACUCUCUGCAAAAUUCACUCUUCAAACGAAAGAUGUCGUCAACUAAAGUGAUGGUAGUAUUGGCGCUUGUUAUUGCCGUUGUCGUGGCAGCAGACGUUGAAAAGAAGACGACCAAUGCAUCCACCAUCCAACAUGUGGGUUCAUUACUGACCGCUAAAGCUCGUCUCACUUCCGUUAACGUCACGGCUAAUGUAACUGAAUCGAAGAAGAAUUCUACCGAGAAGAUCGUGAUGAAGAGGAGUAUUGGCUUUGACAAAAGCGAAGGCAUGAGCGCUUUGACAUCGACCUGGUGGAGAAUCCCGACCGCCAUCUGGCAAUUCAUCAACCAGGUGUUCCUCGAUCCUCUCGUAUCUGCAUUGCGCCGAUUGCUGUCUAUUUUCGGGCUGGACGCUGAGCAGGUGAUGGACAUCCCGAUGUCAUCGAUGAUGCAGUCAGUCACACCGAUGAAUUUGGUCAAUCAGUUUAUGCCUCAAGUAAAUGCACCGUGAUGUCGUCCAUCUCUUUUUAGCUUUAAAUGUUAGAUUGGUGAUAUUUUUUUAUUCAGUGCAAUCGCUUUAAUUAUUCAGUAUGCUCGUGUGCAUGUGUGUGUGUGUGUGUGAAAGAAAUAUACGACGCAGUUUUAAAAAGAAA